AUGUCAGUUGAUAUUGUCGAGUCAGAUGACUUGAAGCCUGUCAAAACCGAAAGUGCAGUCAACCAACGAAAGAAGAUCAGCCUCAAGAAAGAAAAACCCAAGAACACUCACUUACCCAGUGAUGCUCAGAACAGAAAAUGGUGCUCUAAAUUCCUCCCAGCAGUAAUGUACUGGGUCAGAAACUCUAACUAUCCUUGGACCAUCCCCAAUGACAAACUUUCGGACAUCUGCUAUGAUAUUUUCAGCGUAGUGUACAAUGGUGCACCCGGAGAAUUUGAGGCCGACAGCUGGAGUGGUGGGUUUCACAUGGUUUGUCAAAGGAUUUCAGAGUGGAGGGGAGUCUUUGGCUCCACUGCCAUCAGUGUCCUGGUGAUGUUUUUUACUUCGAAUGAUGACUUCCAGGCUCCUGAGGCACGAAAGGAAUAUGCUGAAUAUCAGCUCGAGGAGUCACACUUUGUGUAUGAAGACCUGGACAAUGAGGACUCACCUGGAGCCUUUCUGUCUGAAUUCAUCUUGCAUGUUUUUGCCACCCACCUUAAUGCUAUCCAAGGAUAUGAGAAUGGAGAUUGUUGUGUGAUCCCAACCAUUCAUAAAGCACGCAUGCUGCAGGGGUCAGGACGACAGUGCCGAUGGUGA